AUGAUUGCUUAAGUAUUCGAAAAAAAUAGCUUCUUUAUUGAAAAUUGUUCAUUUUAUUUAGAAGAUUGUGAAAAUGUUCACUCAGAAAAGAAAAGAUAACAAUAUAAUCAAGUGGAUAGAAAUCUCUUAAUAAAAAAUAAUGUGGGGAACUGA